CACGCUGAUGUGACGUCAGCAUAGGCUUGCGAAUUCUGUGGAGUACGGAGCAGAAGCGAUUGCGGUCUCUGGGAGAUUUAGCAUCCUUCGCAAUCCUUGUAGAGUAUACAUAGGUUUCGUAAACUAUUCCAGAAUUAAAUAUCUGCACUAUCAAAGCUAUUGAAUGGUGUGCGUUUUGCGUCCACCAGCCCAGAAUUAAAGGGCUUGCGAGAUAAAAAAAAAAGUCUUUCCCCUUGCUUGCUAAGGGUCCGUCUCGAUUGGCGCUCGUUAGUCGAGCUGUACCAGCAGCAGCGCAUUCAUCCGUUUUUUUGUAUGCAAGUUGAGAAAAUAAGUUGAUCAGUGUAAAUGCUGCCAUUCCAGCCCGCACUGUAGGCGCGAAAUAAUUUGCGUCGCAAUGAGACCGCAGUCACUCGUUUAGGCCUCGUUUUCGCAAAUCCAAUAUGGAGGAAGCGCCACUGCGUCAGUGUAUUAUGCUGUUGUGAAGGGCCCCAUCGGACCGUCCGGUCAUGGAUACGUGACAACGACUCGUCUCAUCGACCACCAGCCACGAUGCGGGGAUCCGAAGAACGUUCGGCACGUUCCCGCGCCAAAGUGAAGGAGAAAGCUCGCAGUCCCGAGGAGAGCCGCCGCGUGAGCAGCAAGUCUCGGCAUUCGCCCCAGAGCAGCAGUCAUCGAAAGCACAAGAAGAGCCAUCGGUCGCACCGACGAAAGCAUGCAACGCGCGACUCGGAGCGAGCCGUCGUUGCCACCAAGCCGCUGGUCGAGUACGACGAUGUGAGUUCGGACUCCUCGCUGUUCUCGGAUGACGGCGGAGCGCCCCCCGAACACCUGUACCCGGCGUCUCCGCUGCCGGUGUCUUCCUCAAGCCGGCACGGCGCGGAACGGCAGCCUGAGCGAACCGACAGUGGCAGCAACAAGCGGCGGCACUCUUCGCGGCACAAGGUGAGCGAUACCAAAGAGAGCACGAGUUCCUCGCGCUCUUCGAGUCGGCGUAACCACAGCGAACGGCCACCGUCUCCUCCGCCUCCACCGCCGUCCUCGUCGCGUUCGUCGCGGGACUACUCGACGUCGAGCGGCUACUAUGAACGAGACGUGAUGAAGGACUACGCGAGUAGCCGAACCUAUAUGAGUGCUUACAGGGAAUCUUCGGGCGUGUUGGACCCGUACUAUGGUGUGUCGGACUCUCAUGGCGACUGCUACGGCAGCCGCUCGAGCGGCAGCCGUAAACGGUCCCUGUCGCCGGACCAUCCGCGUGCCUACAAGAGCAGCGGUCGCAGCCCGGCGAGCUCGCCCAGCCCGCCGCCUAGCCGUUCGUCCAAGCGGCGGAAAUCUCCGAUAUCCGACGCCCGCGAGAAGGACCGGCCAUCGCGGAACUAUUCGCCCAACAAUUCCUCUAGUCUCUACUCGUCGUCGCGCAAGGCCUCCGCGUACUCGCGAAGUCGGAGCAGAAGCCCUGUCAGGUCCAGGCGUUCCCGAAGAUCUAGAAGCCGUUCACGGAGCCCCCCUCCCCAGCGCCCUAGGGUUGGCCGAUCCCGGUCACCACCCUUGAGCCCUCCUGCUGCCUACCAGACGCAUCGACGGCGGGAGCGCAGCCCCAGCUACGAAACCAAGUUCGCCUCCACGAGUCUCGGUGCCGAGUUGCGCAAGCAUCGCAAAGGCCGCGAGCUUGAAAAGAGUCGUCACUCGGUCGGCAGCCGGGUAGCCCCACCGCCGCCGCCUCCCCCGCCGCCGCCUGCUGCGCCAUCCAAUGGGCCUGCUUCUUGUGCAGACAUCCCACCACCUCCUCUUCCACCACCACCCCCCAGCGAUCCUACGCAUCCACCACUACCGCCACCUGAAGCUCCACCUCUUCCUCCACUGCCCCCUCCCCCACCGGCUGCUGUGGUGCCACCCUCUGCAGAAGCACCACCACCAGUGCCUCCCAAGGCACCCUCAAAGCCAUGCACACCCUCUGAAGGCUCCCCGGAGCUGGCCUCCUCGCCAGAAGAGGCAGCCACAGCACCAUCCUCUGGUGGCGGGGAGGACAACAGUGCUACACACAGCAACAAUGGGGUGUUGGAAGAGGAGGAUGAGGGCAGCCUGGGUAGUGGGCGGUCAUCUGCCGAGCAGGUGUCCGCACAACCUAGCCCUACACAACCUGCAGCAGCACCACCCCAGCGCAAGAGCAUCAAGGAAUUGCCUAUGCCGCCUGGCAUGAAGGUAGAGGACGUGAUGUCACCCGAGGUGGCUGACCGGGAAGAAGGAUCACCUCAGCUUACUCAACAGCAACAGCAGCAGCAGAUGAAGCAUGCAUUCACCAUGGCCACCCAGCGGGCAUUCUCUGCAACAACUGCUACCGGAACCCAGCCACCUCAAGGGGCAGCUGCCGCCUCCAUGCAGGUGUUUCGCAGGCCAAGGAUUCUGAACAAGCCUCCUUCUGACGAUGAACGUUUUCCCAAUUGGGGCGAGCGCUGCGUGGAUGUUUUUGAUAUUGUGUGCCAGAUAGGAGAGGGCACCUAUGGACAAGUAUACAAAGCCAAAGAUAAGGACACCGGUGAACUAGUGGCCCUGAAGAAGGUGCGGCUAGAGAAUGAGAAGGAGGGCUUCCCUAUCACAGCUGUGCGAGAAAUCAAGAUCCUGCGUCAGCUCAACCACCCAAGCAUUGUCAACCUCAAAGAGAUUGUCACUGACAAACAGGAUGCCCUGGACUUUAAGAAGGACAAAGGGGCAUUUUACUUGGUGUUUGAAUACAUGGACCACGACUUGAUGGGCUUGCUGGAAUCGGGGCUGGUGGACUUCAAUGAGCACCAUGUGGCCUCCUUCAUGCGUCAACUGCUGGACGGGCUUAGCUAUUGCCACCGAAGAAACUUCCUGCACCGUGACAUCAAAUGCUCGAACAUACUCAUGAACAACAGAGGCCAAAUCAAGCUGGCUGACUUUGGGCUGGCACGACUGUACAGUGCAGAAGACAAGGCACGGCCCUACACAAACAAGGUCAUUACACUCUGGUACCGACCACCAGAAUUGCUCUUGGGAGAAGAGCGGUACGGACCUGCCAUUGAUGUCUGGAGCUGCGGGUGUAUCCUGGGUGAGCUGUUCACCCGCAAGCCAGUCUUCCAGGCCAACCAGGAGAUGGCCCAACUGGAGGCCAUCAGCAGGGUGUGUGGCACACCCUGUCCAGCCGUGUGGCCACGGGUCAUCCAGCUGCCCCACUGGGCCACCUUUCGACCUAAGAAGCAGCACCGGCGGCGGUUGCGCGAGGAGUUUUCCUUCCUGCCAAUUCCUGCUCUUGAUCUGCUGGACCAGAUGCUCGAACUGGACCCUGAGCGUCGCAUCACAGCUGAGGCAGCCCUGCGCUCCCCCUGGCUUGCCCAAGUUCGGCCCGAGCGUAUGGCCCCACCCGACCUCCCGCACUGGCAGGACUGCCAUGAAAUGUGGUCCAAGCGUCGCAGGCGACAGCUUCGGCUAGAACAAGACAUGGCAGGCACGUCAUCGGGGCCCCUACCAUCUUCAGGCUUGCCCAUGAGCCUGGGAGGAGGCGGCAACAGUGUGCAUUCGGCUCCAAGCACUCAGGACAUCUCUCGAGACGAUGGGCCCCCACUUGGUGGGCGGCCCUGUGUACUCGAUGAACCUGACAGUUGUAAGUCUGCCGACGGCUCUGACAGCAACCCGGCUGCGCCCAGUGUGAACAGCCAGCAACUGCAGACCAACCUCAACACCAUCACGGCUGCUUUCCAGAAGCAUGAAACUCUCAGCAUUGCCCAGCUAGCCAAUUUGCUUAACAUUAAGGUUGAUACCUCCACAAAGCAGCUUCUUGAAAACCUGAACAUGCAGCUACUGCUGGCAGCAGCUGCCAAGCAGGCCCAAAAGGUGCAGAUGGCCAGCCAUCAGAGCAGGCAGAUGCAGCAGCAGCAAGUGCCUCCACCCCUUCAGCAGCACUCAACAACACCAUUGCAACACACCCAGCCAGCAGCGCAGCAGCAGCAACAGCAGCAGAAACCACAGCAGAAACCGCAGCAGCAACCGCAGCAGCAACCGCAGCAGCAGCAGCAGCAGCCAUCCCCACAGCUUCUUGUGUCAUCCUCCAGGCCUCAAGCGGACAUGUCAAGGGUUGACGAAAUGGGCGGGGGCUUGGAGCAUCCCAAUGAGACAGGAGGGGGCCGCCUAGCACGGCCACUGCAGGCACCUGUGCUGUCACCCCCACAGCCAUCGUCUCGCAGGCCACCACCAUCCCACCUUGUGGAGUCCCCCACACAUUCUAAGUGGAGGAGUGGCGAAUCAGUCCCACCUGCUGGCUCCUUGAGGCCACCUGUGCCACAGCACCCACUUCCACCUGCCUCCGACAUCCGGGGGCAGACCACCAGCCCUGGUACCUACCUCUUCGACCGUGGGCCGUUGGGUCCACCCCUCCACAUGGACGACACCCAUGGUGACCGUGCCCCUCCUGUGCUUCCUCGACGGAUUGAGGCCUCCACUGCGCACCGAGGAAGGCCACCGUCACCUCCCAUGCCUGUGCUUGGCCGAGGGUCAGGGGAUGCCACUUCAUACCAUCGGAGAGGACCACCCGACGACAGUUCGCCACCCUUUGAAUCCGUGGGUCUGUCUGGCAUGAGUUCCACCGCUGCGCAACAACAGAGCUACACCACUUCAGGCGUCAAGGCUGCAUUGGCGCAGCUGCUGGAAGCGCAGGGCUUUCGCGUAAAGAAUCCCAGCAGCCACUCAGGUAUCCCCACUACUCCUCCCCCUCCCAUUCGUACUCCGUCACACCAGCGCCACCACCACCCCUAUCAGGGCUUUGAGCCACGUGUGCGGGAAGAGGGAAGCGAUGUUGGGUUUGGGGAGUUACGGGGUUAUGAGUUGCCAGAGUAUGAUCGGUCCUACCUUGGUGGGCUGGAGUCUCGCAGGGGCCGAGAUUACUACAUCUCACCCCAAGCAGUGGUUGAUGCGCGUACUUCACAUUUGGGCAACUCUCCACCUCUACCGAUGGGACAGCAACUUCGGCACAGCCUGCUGAGGACGCCACCACCUUCCCAUGUGCAUGAGGUGUCACCGCCGGAUGCAUACCCUUCCAGGAUGGAAAUGUCAUCCUACAGGGGAGGAGGGCCUUCUAGAGGAGCCCCACCAGCAGACUUCAGAGGUGGCAGCCACAGGCCACUCCUCUAAGGGCACAGAGGUUCCUUCCUGUUAUUUCAUGCUGUGAUGAGAGCUGUCAAGGUUUUCAGGCAUAACCAGCAGGUUUGGAUGCUUUAUUUUGUGGGCCUUUUGACUGCACACUGCAUUCUAUUUCUUACAUAGCCACUCCAGGAACUGUGCACACUGUGGUGCCAUAGGAGUGCGUUGCAUGGGGUGGCCAACUUGGCCCCUGAAGGGGCCACUACCUAGCCAGAAGAAUUCAGUGCUUCACCCUCCUCUCCUGAGAGCAGACCAGAGAGUCUCAUGUGCUAUACUGGGCAUGCUCCUCUUUUCUUUUAAAAUAUGGAGGCAUCCUUUUUUCAAAGUCAUUCUGGUGUGCUACAUCUUGCACAACAGUCCUGGCCAAAGGGUGUUUGUAUUAAUGGGGCCAGCUUUCCUAUUUACUUGGCCAAAUAAUUACAGCUGGACUGCUUUACAUGUUGCUACUGCUGCUGAUGUCAGGUGUGACAUCUGAGGGACUGCAAGAUGGCAGCCUCAUAUUCCUGGCAUUCCCCCUAUGUUUAUUUCCCAGUGCAUUGUACAUAUGUAUCUAGCAAAGCACGACUUAGUGUUGUGCUUUUCAGUAAUACUGGACCCACUUUCCAUGUGAUUUUUUUUUUUGUGUGUGCGUUUAUGUGUGACAGGAACUGUAUAUGCCCAAAGGACAGCUUGAUUGUCAAGCUUUCAAGGUGUGCUUCCCUGAAAGCACGGGUGUUCUCCCACCCCUGUGAAAGUACCCAUGUGAUGAACUUGGGCUACUGAAAGGACAUGCCAAAUCAAGGUGCUUCUUUCAGAGUCCGCAGGGUGGAGGAAAGACACAAAAUGGGUGGUCUUCAGGCUUCACUUUAAGGCCUCUACUCUGAUGCAAGGUCAUCCAGUGGAGUGCACGCUGACAAGCAUGCUAUUUGCAAGGGUGCUUGUUUGUUAGCCAUAUGUGAUUUUGGGUUGCCGAAGGCUGCAUCGUGUGAGUCACAUGUAUGUAAAACCUGAUUUGAGUAAAACAGGAGGUAACAAACAUGUUUCUGUUUGAAACUUUUUUUGUUGCAUAAAUGUAAGGUGAAGCACCCCUUC